ACAGGAUCAUUACUGGGAGCCGCGCCGCGAUUGUGAACUUCAUUCAAGCACGAGUUGCACUUUUAUAUCACUUGAGUACGGAGGAAGCUCGGCGGAAAAAAUAAUGUGUGAAUCUUUCUUCAACAGUGUUGUCAUUCUGUUCAUUUGGGGCAAUGUUACACUCGUUUGUGUGCAAUGUCGAAGCGUCCCCGGAACUCACUUUCCUGAUGAAACGAAGUUAACUGGGCAGACAGAGCUCUGUUUGAAGAGAUGUGGCACCAGCUUUCAUACGGAUGACACGGGAACAUCAAGUGGAGAGGUGACUAGGCAUUUCUUGCAUUCGCAGUGAUGAUUAGUUUAGUUCUAAGACAAAUUGAUCGUUAGAAAGGUAGACGAUAUGCAUGGGAGAACUUUAGCCAGUCAAUAAUUAAAUUAAUUAAUGUUACACUCGUGUGUGUGCAAUGUCGAAGCGUCCCCGGAACUCACUUUCCUGAUGAAACGAAGUUAACUGGGCAGACAGAGCUCUGUUUGAAGAGAUGUGGCACCAGCUUUCAUACGGAUGACACGGGAACAUCAAGUGGAGAGGUGACUAGGCAUUUCUUGCAUUCGCAGUGAUGAUUAGUUUAGUUCUAAGACAAAUUGAUCGUUAGAAUGGUAGACGAUAUGCAUGGGAGAACUUUAGCCAGUCAAUAAUUAAGUCCGACAACGUGUGAUGUUUAUUCAAUUUCAAUUCUGCAACCAUCUUCUUCUUGGGAGAUCUUUUCGGUCUAAUUCUGUUCAGGGUUUCUUCGGAUUUGAGCGGUAAUUUAGCUCUUCCAGAUGGGAAAAUUUUGGCCUGUUCAUAGCAGAAAUCGUAGCUUACCAAGGGAAAUGAAUAAGUUGCAUUUUUAGAAUUUUUAUCGUGGUAACGCGGUUGUAGGGUUCUUAUGAGAAAAAUCCGAAACCCGCACCUGAGCUUUCCUAUCCCUCCUUCUCGUAUGAGCACAUCAGAAUUUUUGAGGAGACACUGUUAAGGCAAGAUCCUUGAAAUAGAGUCAGCGUGAUAAAUAGGGCCCAGUAUUGAGAGGCACUAAAGUCUUAAAACUGAAAAUCUUAACCCUUUUCCUGUACAGUGUUCGCUAGCCAUUUGUUCAAAAGGAUAACCUCCACGCAGAUGUUCAUGUGUAAACAAUCGAGUCUACGGUAAUCAUGAUUGCAAAUUAUUUGUUGUCUCAUCUUAAUCUUUGAAACCAAGAAUGCUUUUACUGACUUCGAGCCAAUGGAAAGGUGGAUUUAAUAUCUCCUGAGUGAUCUCCCUCAUUCAUGAGGCCACCGUACUAUAGAGCUGUCGCCCUUUCCCUUACUAUUACACGGGGUUUCAUGUUGAAACGCGGUGAUGUGGAAAAAAAUUUGUCCUUUAUUUCUAUUAUUGUCACGCUAUUCCUAUUGCAGUGCCGGUCCGAUUUCUUGUAAACAUGUACUAGCUCGAUCUAGCGCUGUCACCCGAGGACAUUUCAAAAGAUCUAUGGACAGAGAGCGAGAGUAUGCAUGAAAUUAGGGUUGAUGUUUUGGCAACGCCGUCAAUAUUUACUUUUGUAAUUAUCACAGAUGUCUUGAUUUGAAGUUUUGCGGUUGCGAUAGAAUUACGUUUCCUGCUUUCUGAAUGUGGAUUUUCCCCUACGUAUGAGUUGUAACAGAACAUUGCUCAUCAAUAAUAAAUUGUUGUUCAUAGAAAGAAGUAUCCCAAUGAUAAUAAAUGUAACUUUAAAAUUUCCAGUUAUCGCGCUAUGAUUUUCGUAUUUGGUACAAAGAUGACACAGAAAACGGGAAAAAAAUUAAACCGUAAUCGCUAGGAAAUGUAUCGAGACCAAAAGAGCCGUCUCAAGACGUGACGUGUUUGUACUGAUUUACUGUUGAGCUUAAGUUACAUCUGAUAAAGAUGAGAUGUCUUCCGGUUUCCUAGCGGAUUUGGACCCCCCGGUCCGCUGUGACACCGGGAUAGGAGUGGUUGCGCAAAAAUCUUGACUUAAAUGUAGCUGUUUCUUUAUGGAGCACUGAUAUAUUGCAUCGAGUGGCGUAACAUCAUCAUUGUAAAAUUGCUGUCUUGUGCCACAUUGCAAGUGAGAUCAGUUGCGAGACAAGCAAACGUAACGAUGGCAGACAUACUUUGUUAAAGUAAUGUGAUUUAAAACCAAUCAAGGCUUGUUCACUCAAGUACCUAGAGGCCAAAGUGAAGCACCGCCGUGACUUUAGUCAGCUUUUAAGGUUACUUCCCACGUUUAGAGGCCGAAAAAAUAGAUUUUUCUUUUAUUUGACUGAACUGAAUUCAAACAUUUAACCUAACGUUUCCAUGAUAAAACCUAACGUUUCCAUGGUAAAAUUUCUGAAAUCUUUCAAAGCACCCUAGUAAUUUAGAAAAUGAAUUUUCAAAUAAAAGUUAAUACAUCAGGAAGGUGUCAUAAUCAGACAUGGUUUGAUGCUACUCUGAUUUAAAGAUUUAAUGAAUAUGACUGAGAAGUUACAAUUCAUAGACCCAACGUUUCGACAUUCCUGUCUAGUGCCUUCAUCAGGGGUGAUCUAAAUGCUGCGGAGGGAGGUCCGUUUAUUGUAUGGUUGGUUAGGCAUGUGUGCUCCGCCAAGGCUUACUUUUCUUGUUUUUGAUAAAAAAAGACCGCGUUUUGAUGCUCUUUCAAACGUGUACCAAACUGACGCUUGGUCUGUCCGAUAUGCUCGUGAUCACAGUCAUUGCAGUGACAGGACCGUUAGGUUUGGCAAAGUCCCAAAUGCCCCCUAGUCAAACCUAAGGAUCCAUAUAAUCGUGCGUUGCCAGUGUUUUGCAUUGCGAAAGAGAGUCAUAAAGUCUUUGCAGAGUUGCAAUACGUUUCAAUUUUCCAGUACGUUUAUUUCAUUCAGGCAUGUAAAAAGGACAAACAGUAAGAUUGUUUUUUCUCCUUUGUAGUUAUAUUUAGUCUCCAUUUCAAUUUUCGCCAGUUUUACUUGUUCUCAGUCGUGCAUUUGUGCGAUUAUAAUCGUUCAGUUAUUUCAUUCUUGUCGCUUAGAUUAUCAUUUAAGUUCGUAAUUUAGUUAGACGGCAUCGAGCAUUUGUAUGAUUAUAAAUCGUGUUAAUUAUGCCAGAAUUGAGCUUUAGUCCAGUGAUGUCCUAAUAGACAGAACUUUCAAUUUGUGAUGGGGAAGGUUGAGUAUGAAUCACAUUAAAUUCUUUUAAGAAGAAAAAUUCAUCUAGCUGUCUUGCGUCGCGUCCGUUGUAAACUUCUUUUUACUGACUGUCUUCAAGGAGCUCAGCUACCAUCUAUUGAGUAGAUUUCUGGUUUGGGUAAAUUUCUCAUAUGUUAGAUUGUUUUGGUGGAGAAAUACAAAGAUCUAAAGGACAGAAAAAUUGAAUUUAUGAUAUUUGAAAAAGCCUUUUAUUGUUUAUCAAUGUUUUUCGGUAUGGGAAAUUUCCGCAGUUUGAAUGCAAUAAGCUCCACGCGAAAAAGCUUAUCGGCCGAGGAAGCUUUGAAGAGAUUUUUGUCUCACGGAAUUCCGAAUUCCGACAGGCACUUAGUUCGCGGGAGAGGGGGAGCAAUUGACAAAUCCGUUUGAUGGCAUCUUUUAUCCAUAUCAGUAAAGAAAAUAAGGGGGUCUUCAUCUUCAGGUCUUAGUUUUCGGGGACUUCGUUUUGGGGUCUUUGUUUUCGGGGUCUAUUCAUUUUUAAAACUGAAAUCAACUUACUUGGUGAUUACGCCGUUGAUAUGUCAAUCACGCGGUUAAUCAUAAAAUCAAAUUUAACCAAUAAAUUAAAUUUCAAAACAUGGUCAUAUGUGUGCUGUUGUUACCUACACAUUGUUCUGUAUCAAUUACCGUAAUUUCCGGCCGCUUACCCGCGGGUAAUCUGUUAAUUUUGCAUUAAACGCGCGACACUGCGGGUGAUAGGGAGGUGCGGGUUAUGUGACAAUUUUAAAAUCUACUGGUAGUUGAAUUGAAAAAAGUCUCACCUACAUGCGUUUCCACCUCUCAAAUGAAUUUUAUUUUAUUAAGAGUGCCACAAAGCGGCACGAAAACAUGAUGCCGACUCGAGUCUAUUGCACGCACAAUUAGUUGCGUGAUGAACAAAUUGUUAUCGGCACGCGUGAAAACAAGACCUUGAUGGUGACAAAUAUAAUCCAAAGAUAUCCGGCGCAUCAGUAUCAAAUUUCCAUUAAACGCUAGCUUGAGCAAAAGAGAAUUUUCCUGUUUUAAGGUACUUGUUAGGCCCAAUAGAACCGGAGAUAUCGAUUUUUUUCAGAAAUCGCCGACAGUACUUUACAAUUCAAGUUUUAACACUCACCCAGAAUAUUACAUUUGGGUUUGAUGGCUAGCUCCACAGGACUUUUCUUUUUAAGUUACGAUGUGUUUAUUGAGGUUAGUUUUCGGCCUUUGGGCUAUGAGGCUGCUUUAUGUAAUGAUAAGAUGACUGAUGAAUAUAACACAGUCGAUAAAUCAAUCUUUCCUACGAACACCUUGGCUAUGCCGAUGACCUCUGUGACAGCUUUAUGCCUUUUGCACGUAAACUAUAGAGUUUCUACAACAUCUUUUUAAAACUUCCUGUCCACUGGACCUCAAAGAAUUUUGAUAUAGGACGGCUUCGUUUCUAAAAUUAUCGCUCACUCACGUGAGAGAAAGAAUGUUAGGAUUAAAAUACCCUAAGUCCGGUUUAUCAGCGGAGUUAAGUGAGUCUUUGUCCGUGAAUGAAGUGCUUUUGAUGUUGCUAGGUUUUUUUUUUUUCAAACAUGUUUUCAUUACCUCACACGAGCUAGAUGGGAUUUAUGGAGUGCGUGGGCGGGGUGUGGAGUAUGGAUCUAGAAAUUGUGGAAAAAGGAAGAUUUUAUAUCUGUGGCGUUGAUAAAAGUUUUUGGUGUUUCCUUUUGUUCAACUCCUUGAAGAAUUGUAUGCCAUGUAAAUGAAACUCGUUUGAGAAUAAUACAACCUUCAUCUUGGAGGAGACUUAUUAGAAUUAGUACAUAGAUCACUAAGUGGCAAGUUUUAAUUCGACAGAAGUGCAAGAGGAAUUCACGUCGAGAGGUUUGAGGCGAAUCGGUAGUACUAAAGUGUAGUAGUUAUUAAAAAGAUUAAUGAUCAGUUCCGUUAUUCCUUACAGUUGUCCAGUGUUCAGAUAUGUUAUGACAAGUGCCUUCAGGAAAGAGGUAAUUUUUUGAUAUUUUAAUCGACACAGAAACUUGUGGCACCUUUUUUACGUCUAGACUGAGUGAAAACCGGCGAUACUCUUCUCUUUCUAUUAUUGGAUUAUUGGUGGAUUAUAACCCAUUUUAUUACAUAAACUACGGUGUUAUACAAGGAUUUCCAGCCCAGAGAAAAGCCGUAACAACACACGUGAAAGAAUAUCGUAUUUUUUCUCGUGUGUUUGAUAUCACGAAUCAGCUGCUGACACGUCACUCGCCUUGCACGCCACUCGGUCAGAUUGAUGAAUGAACGGCAAAGCCUUUAUCAUUCUCAAUCCAAGGUUGUUUGUGGUAACUUUCGGAUUAUGGCUGCUAAAACACUGAAAAAUCCAUAUCGCUUACAGACAGUGGCGUUCAAACUUUCCUAGAAGGGGGAAAAUACGGAAUUGUUCCGAAAGAAAAACCGAAAGUUAUGUAUUCAGUGGCUUUGGUAAUGGCAUUUCUCGCGACUGAGAACGAAAAUCGACAACUGGAAAAUUUGCCACUGUGUACCUGAAAGGGUUCUCCUGUCGAUAAGGACCAAGUCAAUGACUGAGAAUUUUGUGUAUUGAAAAUUACGCCCAUUUUUUUGUUUUUGUAGUGUUUCGACGCAUUUUUUCAUCUUGAGCCAAAGCGCCAACGCACUUCAUGAUUUUUAUUCUGGACUGUCAAUCCUCUCAUUUUAAUCCAUUAAUAAAGUUGACUUUGCUUGUCAGUAAAGGGCUAUUGUGUCUAUAUGGUAAACAAAAUAAUACAUGGUUGCUCGUUGAUAUGAAAUUUCUCUUCUCGUGUUGAACUCGUCAUCCCACUCGUUCGCUGCGCUCACUCGCAAGCUAUCGAGUAAAACACUCGGAAAAAAAUUUCAUUUUUUGGUGCGCUCAUGUAUUAUUCUCUAUUUAUCUUUACCCGAUGUUACGAUAUCAACAGCUUUACAUUGAAAUCAGUAUAGGCCAUCCCAUUCCCUCAAAGUCAACUCCAUUCUCAAGCUUAUUGCAUUCAUCCGCGUUUCAUUCAUUCGUUUAAUGCUCAAGGCUGUCACUCGCCUAUUUUAAGAGCACCAGAGUGAGGUGACAGGUGGAUAAGCGUAUGGAUUAUUUAAUAUAUUAGCGAAAUGUCUAACAAAGUACUCGUGUUUUUUACACGGUAAGUUCGCAUAGUUUUGAUAGAGUAUGCUGCUAUUGAUAUGUCUUAAAUUUUCUCCAAUGGUGAUAGGGAAACUGAUUUCUGUCGUAGAUGAUAAGAAUGUUUCAAUCAGUGAGGAAUUGACGUCAUCCUUCAAGAGAAUCAAACGCGGUAAGCUUUUCUACCAACAAACAAGACAACUCAAGUAUCAUGAAUUGGCCAAAGAUGGCUUCUUAUUUAUUUCUCUCUAUAAUCAAGUCGGUUCGGAAAACAAUAGUUCGACAGAAGGUAGAGCACCACUCUUAAAAUCUUCAGUUUUCUGAUAUCUUAAGUUUGAUGCUACUCUGGUUUGCAGAUUUAAUGAAUGUAACCGAAGAAGUUACAAUUCAUAGACCCAACGUUUCGACACUCCUGCCUAGUGCCUUCAUCAGGGGUGAUCUAAACGCUGCAACAAGAGGUCGUUUUAUAUGAUCACUAAUUAACGGCCUUUUUUCUGACGAGGUGUAAGGAAGCGUCAGGAAGCAAACCGCCAUCGUCACGAUUUAAAGGAGCGUGGGCGGAGUUAAUAUGCCAAGCCUCCAAACAAAGGCGCUGGUGGUAACGCCGAUUAGUGGUGAUAAUUUUAGAAUUAUCCCGCCCAAUUGUAUGGUUGGUUCGGCAUGUAUGCUCCGAUAAAGCUGAAUUUUCCUUUUUGCGAAGAAAACCGCUUUUUGGUGCUCUUUUAACCGUGUAUCAAACUGACGUUUGGUCUGUCCGAUGUAUUCGUUGUCACAGUCAUUGCAAGGAAUAGAAUAAAUGGCGUCGGUUCGUUGUCCUUUCUUCGUUCAGGAUCCUUAGGUUUGGCGAAAAUAUGCCCCAAAGUCUGAAAAGGUUUUUGAGCAACUUUAACGUUGUGGCUAUUCAAAAUUCUCUUAAUGGUUCAGUAACACCCUGUAUGUAAGUAGUAACAGCAAAACCAGUCACUGGUUCCCUUUCAACAAGAGCGUUACUAUUUGUAACUGGUUUUUGGUAGUUACGGAGAAAAGUUUUUGUAUAGCCAUUUGCCUUUAGGACAUUGGAAACAUAUUUCCUCUCCUCAGCCUUCGAAUCGAGUGAAGAUGAUAGACAGUCAGCCCUCCUAAGUAAAGUUUUGGCUACAGACUUUUUAUGGCAAAUAGGGUGGUGAGAAUCUUGUCUCUAAAUUACCCUGAACCCCUCUGGACACAUUUAAAUCAAGAAAGGGCAAAUGUCUAUCCUUUUCACGCUUAAGGGUGAAUUGGAUCGACAGCUCUACUGAAUUCAAAUGCGACAAGAGGCGCUCCGCUUUAUUUCCGGAUACCGCAGAAAUAACAUCAUCGACAUAUCGUUUCCAGAAAAAGGGUUUAACCGGUGAAGUGGCUAUAUAAUUGUAGAUGUAAAGGUUAUGGAAUACAUUUCGAGAGCCGUGUUGAUCUGUGUCUACGUCUUCAGUCCACACAGUCCAUACAUUUUUGUAUUUCAGCGAAGUGCUCGAUAACCAAAGUGACAUUUUUUUUCUAUGUUUUCCCAUAUUCUCAACUAGAAAUCCCAGGGAGCGAGAAAAGUAGCAAGGACGGUAAGAGUAAGAUAUACCUUUUUUCUGAUAACACUGAAUUUAGCUUCAGUUUUCUAUGAGUGGAAAAUAUGUGAAUCAAGUAUCGUCACAACCACUUCGUAAUUUAGCACCCCAAAGUUAUCAGUUAUACCGAACUUUCAGCCGGCAAAAUUGGUCAAAAGCUGCCAUGUUGGGCACUGUUUAAUGGUAUGGUAGGUUUGUGGGAGAUCAAUAAUGAAUUAGUCAUUUCUUGGUGUACUAACGUCCCAUCAUGUUUUAUUGAUGGUUUGGAAAAAUAGUGAUAUAAAGAUGCAAAGAACAAAAUGAAUAACUUUUAAGCUAUAUCAUUGCCCUCAUGUGUGAAUUUAUAGGUUUACUUUGAAAUUUGAUAGGAUUUUAUCCAUUUUCCUUACGAAAAUUGUGAGAGGUGAUAUUUCUCAUUUCUGGUUCGUUUGGAUCGCCACAAGUACCAGUGUCUGUUUGUGCAAGUUGAUGUUACAGCGUGAUUGUAUCAGGAACUCCUAGAACCUCAAUCAUGUACUUAAUACCUUCGUAUUUUAUUGAAAUACUCAUGAUUAUAUUACCUAACUUUUAUUUACAAACAAAGCCUGCUUAAUGGACAGUCCAGGAAACUUUACGUUUCUUGAGCCCAAGAUUACAUUCCGAGAACCUAAGGACAAUGGAAGUUUUCUGGGAAAUGUAUCAUGGAAACCUCUGUCAAGUAUGUAGAGUAACAAAAGUAUGGCAACUAUCAACCCAAAAUAUUACUUAAUUUUAUUUCUCUUGCAUUUUUUUGGCACAUUCUUGAUUUAUAUUAAAAAAUUUUUGCUGUGAUCAUGUGUACAUUAUAAAGUUACACGAGGAGUGGAUAGCACGUCACCUAAACUCAUAAGCAAUCCAUACAGUAGAGAGAGCCAACCGCACAUACGUUAAGGAAAGGAUAUGAACAAUUUUUUUAAAUUUGAAGCAGUAGUACUAGUAGUGACAGUAAUAAAUUGAUGAACUUUAGGCCCUCAGAAUAAAUGGGAGUCGAAAUCGAAAAAUUAUAAUAGUUACUAUAAUAAUGAUAAUGAUUAUACUAAUAAUAGUGGAAUAGUAAAGUGUUUGUUUGUUUGUUUGUUUGUUUGUUUUUUUUAGGUGACGCUUUUAAUUGGACUGGAUACAGAUUGAUUUACGUCGUUGGUCGGGUAUCUCAAGAGAUAUUUAAAUGCGUGGACUUCUAUAAGGUGAGAGCUGCUAAAAACCAGAAAACUUUACAAUCGGCUUUGAUCUCCCCUCCUUUUUAUAUUCUCAACAGGUAUUAAUUUGUUCAAUCUCAGUCACUUUACCAUAAAUUUACCCCCUUAACAGUACUCCCAGAUCAACGUUUUUCCAAGGUGUCAUUUGGCAACUGAAAAUCAUUAAAUGGUUACCAGAAAUAACAACAUCAGAAAACAAAACACGGGUCGCCAGUUUUGCGACUUCCUCUGAAAUUUAAUCGCCCAUUUUUUCAUUUAACCUACCAUAGUUUCCAGUACGGUCGCAGCUCGGAGCGCUGGCUUUAAGUGCCGUCAGUAGAUAUGAUUUACAAUCUCAUCUCUCCUCACUCUUUAAACUCUCCGGCUCUAGACACUAAGUUUAAAUUAAUGCUACAUUUUUACCGUAUAGAAAUCGAUUAACUGUAUACAUAUUUUUAUUUCAGAACGAGACGAGUUAUUUUAUAAACAGUGGUCUACCGAAUAACACGCGCUUACGACUCAUGGUAAGUGUAUCCAAAUUCAUGAUCUUUGUUUGAUCUUUGGCGAAGGGAGGGGGAAUUACGACAACACUAUUGACUUACCUCGAAAAACCUUGAGGCACAAAAACUGAUAUUUAAACCUGUUAAAGUGUGAACGGGGAGCGUCCUUACGCAUAAUCCUUGAUACAGUUUUGUAUCAAGGAUACAAUGCAUGCCCUGAGCACAAAAACGUAUUCAUGGCGCACUACAUGCGUGAUAUUCCUUAAAUAAGACCAGGCCUCCUAAAUUUUACCCAUGUAUCAAUGUAAUCUUACUUUAGGAAAAGCACUAACGGGAAUGAUAUCGCAAGAAAAAAAAACUGGAAAUAUAGAUGGUGGUCAGCUGAUCAAAGAAUCUCUUGGAACUCUGAAUACCCUAAACCUGUCUUAAGGCAUAAAGUGCUGUCACGGUUCUUUUUUCUGCGUAUUUAUUGACAUCACCACGUAGAAGUGAUGAGACGUGCUUUGAAGUAACGUGAAAUUUGCAGUACAUGCACGGUUUCAUUGGUGACUCCUUUACAUUGAGGGCAAUGUUAGAAGUUAUAACCGAUGUAAAAAAUAAAAGUUCUUCAAAAAUAACUGCUUAAAUUAUUACACAAAAUGUUUUUUUUCUUUUCGUUUUGAGUUGUUUUUUUUUUCUUUUGGUAGGUUGUCUCCAUACCCUUUGACUACAGUAAGUUCGGGAACACGGCACCAUAUAUUGAUUGUAAGUCUCUUUAAAAGUUUCAGGUGAAUCUUAAAAAGCCAUACUAUACUUUGUAUUGUGUUUAUUAUUUAGUUUGUUAAUUUCUGCCGUAAGCUUAAGACUGGAGGCUGCGGUGGCCAGUGUGUGAUCAUGAUUUGAUGCUAGUGAGCAGUCUCGGGUGAGUAGCUGAAUUUAAGUCAGAACGAGCAAUUCGAAGCUCUAUAUUUUCAAUCACAUUUUCCAAAAUCGAUUGUUUUAGCCGGAGGUCUAUAAAGACCUUCACGAGCCGCGGGGCAAAAGAAUUAGUGGCGGCUACAUGAGUUUGUAAGUGGGGCUAAAUUACCAGUGUUACCUCUUCCACUAAUUUUUAAAUACACAGGCUCGUUUCUUUUUCUCAAUUUUGUUGAAAAGUUUGUACAAUUCAAACUGAGUUUGGAUAUUCACGUAGUCUUAUUCCUAAAUUCAAUAGCAUGCCACGCCAUACGUGGCGUCAAUAUCACCUUUACUUUCCUCCUGCGGAUGUAAAAUUAGGUGUGAACGGUUCUUCGUAAUGCGGAAAAAUGUCCUUAUAAAUUUGAGAAAGUGAAAAUAGCUUGGCAGGUCCUUAACGGGAUUGAGGUCUUAAACGAAUCACUUGUUGUAGUCAUCCUCUCAGCAUAACAAACACUACUGUGAUUGAACAUUCAAAAAUUGAUUCAUGUAUUUUGCGUAAAUGAAGGUAACUACGAUGCUCUAGUACUGUUAUUAGUACAGUCGCAGUCCUCGUUAAAAGCACGUUUCGCCAACCAUGCAUUUGUCAACCGAAUUAAAAUCUCACGUCAUUCUGAAUUCCUCAAUUUUUUAACUAAAGUAGAAUGAGACAUUUGCUAUAAAAUGUGUCUAACCUCAAUGCUAGAUAAUAAGGUGUAACCACCGACUGUGCCCCUUGGGAAGCCCGAGAGUUUCUCAUCUCGUAAGAUUUUUUUUCUGUUGUUCGUUUUUUUUUUCUUGUGCAGGCCAUAUUCCAUGCGGUGAAAAGCCAACAACAAGUGGCACAUCAAUCCCUAAAACAAGUAAAGGAAAUUUAAUUCUCUUUCUCACUGGACGUUCCCUAGUUGAUCUCUUCUAUAAAUAGAAGGCCUCAUUGUUCUUUCCCAUACAUGCAAACUAGCCCUCUUGGUCUCGGUAAUAUGUCAAAGGUAGCAAACAAACAAAUUGAAAGAAAAAGAACUUUUAGUCAUAAGCGAGGCUAAGAUGGGUUAUUCAAAUGAACAUGACAGAAUGAUAGCAGGUAAUUUAGUUUUAACAACUGAGUUGAAAACGUAAAUUGGCCACCGUGAAGAGUAAAAAAGCUACCUUUUCGAGCGUUAGCCCUUCGUCAGAUCGAUUGGAGGAAUUGUGGGUUGUGUGUGGGUUUAUAUGCAGAAAGUGGAGCUACGCUAUUGGUGGGAGUAUGGUGACGAGAAAACAUGAAUAAAUUAGUUGAAUGAAAAGCGCUCGUUGAUACCGUGGGGAUUGAGAGUGCCGAUUUGGAAGAUAAAUUUUUGUUCUAGUGUUUUGCGGCUUUCCGAACUGCCCAGAUGUAAGGGAAGGCUGCGAACUGCCAUAUGUUGUUUUGAAUGAUUAGGGAGAUUAAAGUGUCUAGCGACUGGUUUGGAUGCGUCCUUGUCAUUUCUUUCCACGUCGCUAAGAUGUUCUCGGAAUCGGUCACCUAGUCGUCUUCCUGUUUCGCCAAUGUAUAACUUAUUGCAAUAAGUACAAGUUACGCAGUAAAUGACAUUGGCAAGGGUGCACGUAAAGUGAUCAGUAAUCAUAAUGGAUCUCUUGGGUCCCGAUAUUUUUUCUACGUUAUGAAUGAAAGAACAAGUUUUGCAUCGUGGCUAUCCUGUUUGUGUCGUUCAAGCGGGCCACCACCAUGCCCAACAAAUUGAUAGACAAUCAGCACUACAAACGGCUGAGAAGGAAAACACUGACCGCAUUCCAUUCACUCUCAUAUUUCACCCUCACAACCACGCGGUUCAAUCUAUCAUUCUUAUCACUCUAAAACGAUUCAGAGACUGGUACUAUCUUUUCGCAACCCACUUAUUUAAUUCAAACGUGACAAAAACAUCAGAAGUUCAUUUCAAACCAAUGACCAAUCUGGAACUUUCAAAUGCGCUUGCUCAACUACCCUUUAGGCCACAUCUCACUUGCAAAAGUUUUUCAACCCUUCUAACAGAUCAAUAGUCUUUUUUAGCGUGUAAUAUGAGGAAAGUAUGAUAAGGAUAGCUCCGAGACUGAUAAGAAAAAAAUAGCUUCUAACACAGUGUCGUCUUUUAUUUUCCCUCCUAUUUUCAUGUAGCUCACCCCACGAGUCCAACAUCAGGUGGGUUUAACUUUUCCUUCUCAUAGUUCCAAAGUUGGUCAUAUCCAUAUCUAGCUUCUAAAUACGACCAGCCUAAGUUUAGAGUACACAUCUUGUCAAUAACUAUUAAGUUAAUAACUCCCAAGUUAAUAACUCCCAAGUUAAUAACUCUCAAGUUACGUUACAACUUACUCUCAAGCAAGUACUGGUACGAAGUCUGGCGGUUUAUUCAAAGAAAGAAUGUAAACAGUCAAUCUCCUUGCCCUGCAAUGCAGGGCUUUUAAGAAUGUUGUCAGAUUCAUUUCUCUUGAUUUUGCUUGUGCUGUAUGUUUUCUAUUUUGGUUUUUGUUUAUGUUUGCAGGGAAUGUGCUAGUUAAUCUAUUAUUUUAAAAUCUCUUUCAGAAAGUAGGAGACCUACUAUUAUUGCCCUUGCCAUUAUCCCUGUCACUGUAAUUAUUUGUGCUGUGUCUGCUCUGCUAAUUUUCUGCUAUCGACUACAAAAGAAGGCGUGCCCAGGACAAUUGGGCUCUUAUAAAGGUUGGUGUUCUCACCAGGAAUACUGUCUUUUAAUAAGCACAUUUUUGGAGUCGCAAAAAUGUGUACGGAACACUAAUACGAAGGCAGUAGUGGAAACACAGUUGGAAAACUUUGAACAGAUUUCCGCUUUUUAGUUUACCUUAUGUGCAACACGAAAUUAAAGCAAUCUAUUCCAUUUGAGCGGUCUAUUUUCGCGUCCGCAUUGGUCUGUGGAAUUGGAAUACUAAACUGUGUAACCUAAAAGACAUUUUAGAAAGAAGGUUUCCAGGUUCAAGUCGUUAAAAGAUAUGGACAUUCACCUUCCGCUAGUAGAUAAGACGUUACAUUUUAAAGGACCGUUCUCCAUCACAACCAGUUCGAAGCUGCUAAAUUUACAAACCUGACAGAAUAAGCCUAUUCAUUUUAUACAAACUCAGCGAUCUUAAUAACUCAGUUCAGAGCUUUUGGUUCGUAUUAACAUCAUAAGCAAUCAUACUAUUGUCAAGAGGCAUUUUUCACUUCCUACUGGGUCAAAAAAAAGAAAAGAAAUGUCUUUUUGUCUGUAACACAUACUUGCUUGUUUAAUUUUCAGAUAUGCAAUUUGACUACGACGCGUUUGUCAUAUAUAGCUCCCAAGAUUCAGAGUGGGUGGUUAAAACUCUUAUUCCAACUCUUGAGGAAAAGCAUGGGCUAAAAUGUUGUGUGCAUUAUAGAGAUUUCCCUCUUGGAAUUCCUUUUCGUCAAAACAUGGUUGACAGCGUUUACAAGAGUAAGAAGACAGUGGCCGUUGUAUCCACUCACUUUUUCAAUAGUAAUUACUGUGGGUCAGAACUGGAUUACGCUCUUCACCGACUUAUGGAAAAGAAAGAUGAUAGCUUGGUUGUUGUCAAACUUGAUGAAGUCAACAGGAAGAAACUUCCUAGAGAACUCCAAAAAAGGAGUUAUAUAGACUUUUCAAAGUCCACUGAUAAAGAAACCUGGGAGAGAAAACUAGUUAAAUGCUUGAGGUCCACCAACCCUCGACCUGAAUAAUUUGAAUGAAGUUCGGAAGCUAAUAUCACCAAAGGAAUUCCUAGUGAUAUGCUGUUUAAAAACACGCAGCUAUUUGUUAGGAAUCUUCAUCGAUGGGAUGAUCUCUAUGUGUUAUUUGUUCGGAGUUCGUCUGUCGUAUGCAUAGAAAGGAGGUUCUUGGAAGUGUGGUAUAGUAGAAUUACCUUAGUCACUGUAUCUAGAGUAAGUACUAAAACUUUAGGGUCUGUUAGCAGUCAACAUAUUUUUAAAAUAAAGAGG